GAGCGAGCUGCAGCCGUGGCAGCUGCACGGCUCCCGGCCCCGGAGCAUGCGCGACAGCCGCCCCGGAGACCCCAGCCGCGGCGCCCCGCGUCCCGCCGCCAGCGCAGCCCCGGACGCUAUGGCCCACCCCUACGGCUGGCCCCUCGUAUAGGAUGGUAGCACGCAACCAGGUGGCAGCUGACAAUGCGAUCUCCCCGGCAGCAGAGCCCCGACGGCGGCCAGAUUCCUCCUCAUCCUCGUCUUCGUCCUCGCCGGCGGCCCCCGCGCGUCCGCGGCCCUGCCCUGCGGUCCCGGCUCCGGCCCCUGGCGACACUCAUUUCCGCACGUUCCGCUCCCACUCCGAUUACCGACGAAUCACGCGGACCAGCGCGCUCUUGGACGCCUGCGGCUUCUACUGGGGACCCCUGAGCGUGCACGGGGCGCACGAGCGGCUGCGUGCCGAGCCCGUGGGCACCUUCCUGGUGCGCGACAGUCGCCAACGGAACUGCUUCUUCGCACUCAGCGUGAAGAUGGCUUCGGGCCCCACGAGCAUCCGCGUGCACUUCCAGGCCGGCCGCUUCCACCUGGACGGCAGCCGCGAGACCUUCGACUGCCUCUUCGAGCUGCUGGAGCACUACGUGGCGGCGCCGCGCCGCAUGUUGGGGGCCCCGCUGCGCCAGCGCCGCGUGCGGCCGCUGCAGGAGCUGUGUCGCCAGCGCAUCGUGGCCGCCGUGGGUCGCGAGAAUCUGGCGCGCAUCCCUCUUAACCCGGUACUCCGUGACUACCUGAGUUCCUUCCCCUUCCAGAUCUGACCGGCCGCCGCCGUGCCCGCAGCAUUAAGUGGGGGCGCCUUAUUAUUUCUUAUUAAUUAUUAUUAUUAUUUUCCUGGAACCACGUGGGAGCCCUCCCCGCCUGGGUCGGAGGGAGUGGGUGUGGAGGGCGAGGUGCCUCCGGCUUCUGGCCGGAGACCCCAUCCCGCCUCUCGGGGGGCCUCCCCUCCUGGUGCUCCCUCCGGGUCUUCUGGUUGUAGCAGCUUGUGUCUGGGGCCGGGAUCUGAACCCCACUCCUACCUCUCCAUGUUUACAUAUUCCCAGUAUCUUUGCACAAACCAGGGGUGGGGGAGGGUCUCUGGCUUCAUUUUUCUGCUGUGCAGAAUACCCUAUUUUAUAUUUUUACAGCCAGUUUAGGUAAUAAACUUUAUUAUGAAAGUUUUUUUUUUUAAAGAAAAAA